UACAGAGUUCAUACAGAGUCAUGCACAGUUUGUGUGUGUAUUGUAACUUAUUUUUAGUGACUUUGGCUAGCACGACCACUGAUACAUACUACGUCAAAAUGGAAAUGGGAGAUGGGUCAGUUCUGCACCACCUGCAGCCCCUGGGAAAUCAUGGCUUCCACACGCCCUGGCUAGACUCCUGCCUUGGUGAUACGCUGUUACCAGACAAACCAUGGCAUAAGGUUUAUGAAAAGCUCGGGGCAGCCCUUGCCAAAGAGGUUGAAUCCCACCUGAGGCAAAACCCACAGAGCCAGCUCCCUCUGGGCCUUCUCGGUGGACACUUUUUAGAGGACUACUUGGGUGGUUUCCUCCAUCAGACUACACAGAUGUGUUCCCUCUCUCUGUGUGAGAGUGAGAAAGCUUCUUUGGAGUAUGAAUCCCUCAGGCAGCUGGAUGCACUGUGUGAAAGAGCAGUGGAGAGCAGCUGCUGUCCCAGAAGACCUGAUGGUGACUACAGCGGUGUGAGCCAAGAAAUGAUGCAUUUUAUUAAAGAUACCUACCACAUGGUCACUUCAGAGAUGGAACAAAUGCUGGCUCUGGAGGAGAAAAAGCAAAAAGAGGCCCCAAAGUUUAACUCCAUCGAAAGUCCAUCUGCUUGGGCUUCAAUGGCAAGGAGACGUCCACAUUCUGUGGAGAGUGAAGAUCUGCAUCUUGCUACCCGGAGAGGGUCUGUUUUCCAGUUAAAACCUAAAGCAGAGCCUGGUGAGAUUCCGGCCCCUCCUCUGCACUGUGCUGAGAGUCAGGUGCUGGGACGCUCCGUUGCGGCUGUCCUUGCUUCUGACCCGGGCCGGAUGGGCACAGUCUGCAAGAGGCUGAAAGGACAGCUCUUGCCAGAGUCUCUGCGGGGCGCUAUAUGGAUUGGUCAGCUGCUGAAACCAGAGGCAUUCUCUGACGCGGAUACGUUCUGGACUUUUGAGAAAACUCUCAGAGAGAAAUUUGGCCGGAUGGUGGAACGCCGGGUAGCCGAGCUGAAACUGAGAAGUGCUACUCGAUCUCCCAUCUCUGGGCUGAUUGAAAAUGCGGUAGUGGAGAAAUAUGAAAGGACUCCCUCUAUGCAAGCUUUUGCUACCAAUGAACAAAUGAUCAGUGAAUCCAGUAAAGUGCUCAACAUCCUGUAUGUCCACAGCGGGAUUUAUGAGCCUUAUCUUAUCCACUGGCUCUUUCCCUUGCAAAUGGCUUUCCGACAGACAGAUUCCAAAGCUGAACACUUGUACGAGUUGUCCAUGUACCUUCAUUGUCUUAUUCAAAAGUUUCCUUGCUGGCCAGAGAUUUUUGCAAUGGCUGAGAAUGUGAUGAGGCAUGUUGAAGAAAAUGAUCCAGAACUCUUUGCUCACCUUCAGCUCUGUUCAUCUAGAAACAUGGUUUUAGAUUCUAAGGAUUUUUUGGUGGAACUCAUAGCUCAAGAGAGGGAAAAGGCCCAGGAGCUUUUGGAUUUCUCAGACAGAUCAGACAGACCACAGGUUAUCUCCAAAAAGCUCCUGGCAAAUCCUGUUAUCUUCCUCCGUAAAUGGAUGGGCGAAGGAUUCAUGAGUGUUCUAGACUUGCCUGCUGUCCUGCUGGUCUGGGAUCAGCUGUUCAUGGAAAACUGGAGCAGGAAAGUGAUGGAAGAUGUCUGCCUUGUAGUGCUGAUGUUGCUCAAAGACCCACUGAUGGCAGCUGAUGACUACCAGAGUAUGAGAGAGGUGUUGCUGGACCAUGCUAGCCAUCUGUUCACAGCAGACAUUCAGCGGUCAUGGAUGCACCUGCAACAGGGAGGCCUACCAGUGGAUAUCCCUGAGUUAAAUAGAUUCAAUUCAAGAUUGCUCUAUGGACCAUUUCCAAAGAAGACAGCUGCAAAUGCUCAAAUCUCCAUGGGUGAUAUUCUCCCAAUUGGGCUGAAGGAUGUUGUUGUCAACUUGAUUUUGAAUCUGCCAAAAACGGACAGCUUGAAUCAUGCCUGGAUGAAGGACUUUGAUCCCCUUGCUGUCAAACUUAUCACUUCAGUGCUUUAUGGAAAUGUGAAGCUACAUUCCAAAUCCAGUCUCCUAACGCCAUCUGUUGAGAAAAGAGCACCCAACAAAGAAACCACCACUGAAUACAAACUCCUCUUCAAUGAUAUCUUUAUCUUUGAUGCCCUGGACCCAUCUGAUAUCAGAGAAAUCAGUUAUUUGAAGGACAAACCUGCUGUUGUCAUCAAGGUUAUUUAUGUCCCAAAUUUGUAUGGCUCUGCUCCUGUGACAUUGGGUUGGGUGAAAGCUGAUCUGUUUCAUGAAGAGAAAUCUGGACCUCAGACACAGUGGACCCCCAGUGUGUUCACAGCACAUCUCAAACUGUGCACUGGCGCUGAUCCUGAGCUCUUGACAAACCACACUUCAACCCACAAUUUAGAAGAGCCUCUACAGAAAGGAUCAAAUAUCCAGGUCACAGUCUUCGAUCCCUCUAAAGAGAGCCCCAGGCGAGGAGCCAGUCAUGCUGAACUGCAGAGUACCACUCUUCCACCAGAGGAACCUCGUUUCCUGUACCCUCCCUGGGUGACCCACAAUGCUUCAUUGGCUGUUCCACACCAGUCCUCAGUCUACCAGCCCUUAGACCUCUACAUUGAUUCAGUACAGUAUAUUCCAGACAACGCAACUAUUGUAAAGGUCACUGGGAGAAUCCUGCAAUCAGGUCAAGAAGACUUGCCUGACAUUUCGGCUCUUCCGGAUCUCAGCUCCCCGGCGAGAAGCCCAGAGUUUAACUUUCGCAUGACAGUGAAUCCAAGUAACAAAAAGCCAUUUGAUCGUCACAUGCUGCUGUUGCUGCGGGUCUACACUGUGAGCUCAGACACCGGAGAGCUGUGUGUCAUAGGGAACUGCAUCAUCCGUGUUUUUAAUGACCAAGAGCAAUUGAAUGUGGGAGGACACCAACUCCGAUUGCAUGGGGGGAUGCCGCCGAAAGACCAGAUCCCCUUGACAGAAGCAUCCCUCAGUCACCAGCCUGUAAUUCCCUGCUGCACGCUCCUAAUCCGCAUUUUACCACACAUGCCCGAUUUAAAACCCACUCCAAGCUAUCUGAGUGGCUUCUACCUCACAGACCGAGCCAAGCCCAAUAAAUCAGAGCUGGGCAUUAUCGCCACAUUCCAGAGGAACAGAGACUUCCCAAAAACUGUCAAGGAAAUGAUGCAACAGCUGGAAAACAAAGAACACGCUAAUGUUCCACCUGAGCUGUGGCUGGCCUGGUACGAGGAGAGACUGGAUGCCCGAAAGCAGCUACCACCUCAGACCCCCCCCGCUCACCUUAGUAUACACCAUAUGGUGCGCUAUCACCAGCAAGCUGGCAUCCGUAUUCGCAUCACACAGGCGUUCGGGCUGCCUGCCGGUGGCCUCUAUGUCAAUGCUUUUGCCAGAAUCCUGAAGGGAGCAGAAAGUUUGCACCUUGCUGAGCUGCCGCAGGGCUGGGGGGGUGAAGAGAAGUUUGUGACUUUGCGCCGUGAUUUCACCAGUCUUCAGCGGUGCCCCCGGUGGACUGACCAAUCCGCAGUUCUACACCCAUACAAUGAUCCCCACACAGUCCUGCUGGUCCAGCUGUUCGCUCUCCAUGCUGUUUACAGGGCAGACCCCUCUGGCCAGAGGUGUGGGACAGUGAGUGCCCUCAGUGGGGAGCACCUGAAGCUCGACUCCAAGUCACAGCUGGGCUGGGCCGUGGUCCCACUGUUUGAGGGUCCUUAUGUCUGGAGUGGGAUUCACCACGUGCCCAUUUUCCAAGGAAAUCCUGAUGGUGGAUUUCUUGGGGCUGUGAUAUCCCUUCCUUUGAAAGAUGCCAUCUCACGCAGCCUGAAAAACAAGAAACUGAAGCUGCAGAAAAACUAUGGGAGUGUGGUAGCCGAAGUUUGGGAUGGACACUAUUUUGACGAUGAACGCCAUGAUUUGCCUGUGAUUGAUAACCUUCUGACUGUGCACAGUAAGAAGAAGUUCCUGAAAACACAGUCGAAGAAGCCAGGAAAAGAAAUUUCCCAGCUGGUGCUACAGCGCUUGAAUCGCAAAAUUAGGAAGCAGGGGUGCAGCAGUGAAGAGUACCAGCGAGAGGAGCAGUUUUAUGAGGAGGCGAUGGGAAAUACUUUUUAUGCACUGAUGGAAACAGCUUUGAUGAAUGCUGGGUACGGACCUCUCUGAGAUGAAUCACUGACUGUGAAAAAUGUUUUAAAACAUGGAAAUUUCAUUCAGUGCUGUUCGAUACAGUUUUCCCAAAACAUUCAAAUGGGCUUGUCUAGAAAGUAAUCACAAUCAAAAAAAGCAAAAUCUUGAUCUUUUCCCUUUUUUAAUUAUUUGCAGCUAGUGUCAGAUUAUUUAGGAGUGAGUAUCAUUGACGUUUAUUGAUGACUUCCCCCAGUCUGUGAAUCGCUCAGAGGUGGUUUUAUAUGAAACAUGAGUGGUAUAGCAGUUGCUUGGCUUUUUUGCAGUCAAUUUGAAUUCCAAAGAGGAUUGGCGCUUGCUUACUGCACUGUGAGUCAUACCUCCAAAAGAUGAAGUUGUUAUACAAAGCAAGGGCAGAAAAGAGAAAGGCAGACACAAAAUAAAUUACAACACAUCAACGUAAAGGUCUUAUGUAAAUGGAAAUGGCUUGAUGUCUUUUAUUUGAGUUGAAAACCUUAUAUAAAAUGCCCAUCAAAUGCUAAUUUGGCAGAUUUAAGACCACAGGGUCAUGGUAAAAGCACAUAGCUUUUAGUAGUUCAAAUAGUUCAGUGGGACUGAAUGGCUUUUUAGGUAGAGAUUCAAGAUUUCACUAAAAUAUAUGGUCUAUUAUCCCUUAAGAAUUACAAUGCUAUGUGAUGGGUUUAAUUGCCAUUUUCUGUGUCACAGAUGAUAUCAUAAAGUGUCAACAGGCAUUGUGAUGUCUUUACUUCUGUACCAUGUGUGGGUCAUUUGUAAUUUGCUACCAUAUUGCACCUGGGGUGAAGUAGAAGUGAACAGAGUAAGGCACUUUGUGUCACAUAUACUUUUUUUAAUGUUAGCAAACCCUCUACAUAUUUUGUACCAACAGGCUAAUCAAAUUAUUAUUUUUUUCCUCAUACCAAUAGUUACAUUUGUUUAAAUUGCAGUUGACAUUUUUUUAGGAAAAUACAUUUUAAGCAAUAAGGAGUGCUGAUAUUUCAUGGUUUGAUUUCUUUGUAAUAGUAAUAAUAUACUGUAUAUGAUGGUUUUAAAAU